AAAGUGAGAGAGAGUGAGGGGGAGGGGCUUCUGCUCGCACAGGCCACGCCCCCUCCCCAGUCUCUCCUCCCACUGGCCGACGUCAGGAAUGCUCCUCGCUCCUUUGCAUAUUCAGCAUGCUCAGGCCGGCCAUAUGGGAAAAUGCAACUGCAGGAAUUGUUGUGAAAAAAGGGGGACUGCGAGUUUGAACACAAAGUUGUUUGAGAGCGUCUGAACAGGAUAAAACACACACACACACACACACACUAGAGGAACAGAAACAUGUAUUGUGCGUACACCAUCCCGGGGGUGAGCGGCGGAUCAUUCAUGUAUUACUAUAACGGCAAAGCGGUAUAUGCCCCUUCCGCUAGCACUGCCGAUUACAACCGGGACUCACCGGGUUACCCGUCCUCUAAAGCACCGGGCAGCAGCUUUCCCAGUUCCUUCUUUAUGCCAGACGGUCAUCACAGUACAGACCCAUGGAGCUCGUCCGGCAGUAUGAACCAGCCCGGAUACAACAGCAUGCUGGGAAACUCCACACACAGCGCUCAGAGCAGCAGCUACUGCGGCCUGCAUCCACACGACAGACUCAGUUACCCGUCACACUCGUCAGCUGAGAUUAACCCCAGUCUUCCUCCCAUGUCCAGUUUCCAUCGCAGCGGCGGGACGAAUCACUACAGUGCAGCGUCCUGCUCCGCCACCACCAAUGGGACAGACAGCGUCAUGGCGAAUCGAGCGCCGAGCGGAGCGGCCAGCAGCUCACAGACGGGAGACGCGUUAGGAAAGGCUCUGGCUUCAAUCUAUUCCCCCGAUCACACCAAUAACAGCUUCUCAUCCAACCCAUCCACUCCUGUGGGAUCUCCUCCCUCGCUCACAGCUGCCAGUACAGCCGUCUGGUCCAGAAACGGUCAGGGAGCCUCGUCCCCGAGUUACGAGCCACCGCUGCACUCGCUGCAGAGUCGUAUCGAGGACAGGUUGGAGCGGCUGGACGAUGCCAUCCAUGUGUUGCGCAGUCACGCGGUCGGUCCGUCCACAGCGAUGCCCGGCGCUCACGCAGACAUGCACGGACUGAUCACUCCGUCUCACUCUCACAACGGAGCCAUGGGCGGCCUGAGCGCCGGAUACAGCGGCGGACUGCUUCCCUCCAGCAGACACUCGCUCAUGGUGGGUGGCCAUCGCGAGGACGGGUUGAGGAGCGGUCACUCCAUCGUGGCCAAUCAGGUGUCAGUAUCGCAGCUUCCUGUGCAGUCGGCCUGUUCAGUCGGCCUAAUUCCAGUGAGAUCAGUAAGUGGGUCGCUCUCCGGAGGACUGCAGGGUCAGAGCACCUCGUCCGUGAGCUCAGAGAUCAAAUCUGAAGACGAGGGAGACGAAAACCUGCAGGACGGCAAAUCUCUGGACGCCAAGAAGGAGGACCUGGACGGCAAGGAUCUGAAAUCUCUAGAGAGGUCAAGAUCUAGCAACAACGACGACGAGGAUCUGACCCCGGAGCAGAAGCUGGAGCGGGAGAAGGAGCGGCGCAUGGCUAAUAAUGCGCGGGAGCGUCUGCGUGUGCGCGACAUUAACGAGGCCUUCAAAGAGCUGGGCCGCAUGGUGCAGCUGCACCUGAAGAGCGACAAACCCCAGACCAAGCUGCUCAUCCUGCACCAAGCCGUGGCCGUCAUCCUCAGCCUGGAGCAGCAGGUCCGAGAGCGCAAUCUCAACCCAAAGGCGGCGUGUCUGAAGAGGCGGGAAGAGGAGAAGGUGUCGUCGGACGGUGCUCCUCUCUCAUUGGCCGGCGCUCACCACAGCAUGGGCGAGUCGUCCAAUCCCAUGGGACAAAUGUAAAGAGCCACACCCCCGUAUAUGGUCGAAGCUGCCAGAAUUCAUCAAAAUGAUGAGCGAUCACUUCCUUUGACAGCGUCAUUUCUGCCCCGACCGUCAGUCAAACAAUCAAUCAAACGAAUGAACGAACGAACGAACGAAAGAACUUCCAUCCAUCCGACCAACUCCUGCGUGUUCCCGUUCCUGACUGCGUCUGUGAGGAUUUAUCCUGUAAAUUAGGGAGUGGGGCCGGAUUCGUUGUGCAUAUCUUCCUCCAAGCAUUCCCUGUUGCAAAAGAAGACGUUUUUAUGUACGAACACACACACAAAAAAGAGCGACGGGCGAUUCUUCAAACAUAUCAUGAUGUUGUGGAGGUGUGGAGAGCAGCCGUCUGAUUUCAAUGGCAAUCCUGUCCACACUGUGGAACUUCUGUAGCUGUGCCUCACGGAACUCCUUACGGAAAAAUAGAAUUAGGAAAUUCCCAAUCAGUCGGGACGAGAGGAGCUGUCAAUCAAACGACCCAGACGGGAUUCGGCUGUAGAAUUUGACAAAACCCUUCAAACCUGCAAUAAUGUUGUUUUAGUUCCUGUGAAACCAGCAGAUCCCGGCAGUGAACGUUCAGAGGCCGUUCUGGAACUGCUUUGGGCUCGUUUCGCGAACUUUUGCGGAUCACCUACGGAAGUCAUUUCUCUCCGUUUAUUCGUUUGUUUCUAGCCAUCGACUCUCCCGAAGCCCUCCCGGACCCCGAAGAUGCAAUUUUAACAUGUCGAAACUACAACCAACGUGCCUUUUAGAGCUCAUAUCAUCACACAACUGGAGGAGAACAUUAUCUAGGAUGCAAGCGUAUAGGAAACGUUAGUUAUUAGGUCUAUGCAGUCAGGUUUUUUACGACCUGGAGUUUAAAAAAAAAAAAAAAAGUAAAAAGGUAAAAAAAGUAUUUUUUGGAUAAACUGUAUUUAAUGUACUGUACGGCUAUAUGUAAUUAGAAGGUGUGUCCAGCCCCGUGUGGCCCCGCCCACAGCCCCGCCCACCUGUCACCGUCGUUAUUGAGCAUUGUAUUAUAGAUAUCCGCUUUUACGAAUACAGGCUUGUUGUUGAGCCGCUGUAGUACAAAUGUGUGGUUGUACGUGUAAAAUGGCUUUUUCUCUUUUUUUAUCUCUCUAUUCUUCGUCUGUACUUGUUUCUCUGUCAAAAAAAAUGGGAAAAAAUGGACGGGAGGCACUGAAAGUGGACACAAAUCUAUUAGAAAAUCAUUAUAUAUAAAUGUAGAAAUAUAUACAGUAUAUAAAGAGACGGAAAGGAGUUCACGAGGAGCGGUUUUUCAUUCUGUAAAGCCGAGCGGAGACGUCCCCAACGCCAUCCGCACCGAGAGACGUGACUCUAUUUUUCAUAACGUCACCGCGAUCGCAACGGCGGCGAACGAUGCUCUUGCGAAACCGCCGACGAAGGGAAACACACACGGACAUUUGUAAAUUGUAUGCAACAAAUGCAAACGUACCAUUAUUUUGAAAUUGUGUAUGUAAAAGUUAUAUUUUUACAUGUAGGCUGUUGUUAUUCUGUGUUUAGAAAUGCGUUGUAUCAGUUCUUCUCUUUUGUUUUUUCAGAAAAAAUACUUCAUUGUGUGUUGAAAUGUGUCACAUUGAAAAUGUAGUGAGAACAAAAGCAAAAAAAAAAAAAAGUAUGUUUAUAUUUGCGGGAACAUUUUUCUUUUCUAUAACGGUGGGUGGUGGGGGUCGGGAAUCAAAGCUAUACGAUUACUCUCUCAUCCUCUUUCAUCAUUACAUUGUCAUUUUUAAUUGAGUAUUUUUUGUGUAAAUAGACGCGGGUCGACGACCUGCCGUUGAUCAUGUGGCCUGGUGAGGACGUGAUUGAUUAGCGUUAACGUGUGUCAACAAUCAGACCUUAAUUUACAUUCUCACUUUCGCUGAAAGAAUCGAAACGACGACUCGGAUGUUCUGCACAUUUGCCACCGGCCCUCAUACGCAAAAUUUAGGCCUGAAUUUAAUGUAAGUUGCAUAUAAAAUUUGGACGAUGCAGUUUUAAGACGAUAAACUUAAUGUGGUGCAUAUUUGUCGUACAUGAAUUAGAUGAAACUAAAUGGUUUAUACAGUAUAUUUUACAUCAGUAAACCCAUUUUAUUUCAGUUUCA